AAAAACGGAGGUAUAGGGGGGGCCUGGAACGCAGAGCGGUUUGGUCGUUAGUCGGAGGAGCUUCUUCCGUUAGUUCGGCGACUGCGGCUCUUCAUUGGGCAGCAGGAGCGGCGCGGCUGUCGGAGAAGCGGCGUAGAACUUAGGCAUUGGGUGAAAGAACAUGGCCCGAACCAAGCAGACCGCUCGUAAGUCCACGGGUGGCAAAGCGCCCCGCAAACAGCUGGCCACUAAAGCCGCCAGGAAAAGCGCCCCCUCUACCGGCGGGGUGAAAAAACCUCAUCGCUACAGGCCCGGGACCGUUGCGCUUCGAGAAAUCCGUCGUUACCAGAAAUCCACCGAGCUUCUGAUCCGGAAGCUGCCUUUCCAGAGGUUGGUGAGGGAGAUCGCCCAGGAUUUCAAAACCGAUUUGAGGUUCCAGAGUGCCGCCAUUGGUGCGCUUCAGGAGGCUAGUGAAGCGUACCUGGUGGGUUUGUUUGAAGAUACUAAUCUGUGUGCCAUCCACGCUAAGAGAGUCACCAUCAUGCCCAAAGACAUCCAGUUGGCUCGCCGGAUACGGGGAGAGAGAGCUUAAGUGAAGGCAGUUUUUAUGGUGUUUUGUAGUAAAUUCUGUAAAAUACUUUGGUUUAAUUUGUGAUUUUUUUGUAAGAAAUUGUUUAUAAUAUGUUGCAUUUGUACUUAAGUCAUUCCAUCUUUCACUCAGGAUGAAUGCGAAAAGUGACUGACUGUUCACAGACCUCAGUGAUGUGAGCACUGUUGCUCAGGAGUGACAAGUUGCUAAUAUGCAGAAGGGAUGGGUGAUAUUUCUUGCUUCUCAUGAUGCAUGUUUCUGUAUGUUAAUGACUUGUUGGGUAGCUAUUAAGGUACUAGAAUUGAUAAAUGUGUACAGGGUCCUUUUGCAAUAAAACUGGUUAUGACUUGAUCCAAGUGUUUAACAAUUGGGGCUGUUAAGUCUGACCAUACAUCACUGUGAUAGAAUGUGGGCUUUUUCAAGGGUGAAGAUACAAGUCUUAACCACAGUGUAACUUACAGUUUCCUUAUUAAAAAAAAAAAAAAGUAAACCUGGCAGCUAUAGAAUACACUAUGUGCAUUUAUAAUAGCUAUUUUAUAUAUUGUAGUGUCAACAUUUUUAAAUUAAAUGUUUUACAUUCACAUGUGGUGGGGAGUCUUGUCAUUAAGGUGUGUGUAACAUAGAGUCCGGUUGGUUUUCUCCUAACUAGACUGCACUUGUUUUUCAUACGUAGUAAGAUGCUUUGUGCAUUAUACCUUGCAUAAGUCCUCAUUCUACCACAUGUUAACUAAUCCUCUAGCUGAUAAUGCAGACACUAACGGGGGGAUUUAUUUAUAAGGGCUCUAGAAUAUAAUACAAGUUAUUCACACCAGCAUCAUCUGUUACUAAUAUAGUAGUUAGUGCAGCUUUUCUUUGUGUUGUGGUUGGUCUCAUAACUAGGUUGAGUUUUUCUCUACCAGGAGGGAACAAUACCGAACUUCUUUUCCUUGUGGAGUUUGUAUUAUAAUAACCCUUAGGGUAAACUUGCUGUGGGGGAGGGACACACAGCUUCAGCUCAUGGAACCUCUGCCGGUUAAAAUGGUGUCAUCUGGUAUAAGGUCCUGGGAAAAAUCACUUCAUAGAGAUGCUUUCCAAGUGGUUUUCAAACUUAUUCUUCUAUUGAAGUUUUUAGGUCAAUUAUGUAUGUUGACUAAAUUUACAAAUAAACUUGUUUAUCCAACUAAGUGUCAAAAACCUAAAUUGAAUGUUGAAAGCUUAAUACAUCUUUUAUCUAGGUCCUUUAAGUUUAUUUCAGGUUUUGCUUGGUAGACAAAGGAAGCAUUUAUUUGCAGAAAUAUUUCUACAAAGCAUGUAAAGAGCUCUCUGCUCUAUAAAAAUGCCAUGACAGCUGUAUAUGCAGUGUGGGCUUAAGAUUGUAUUAAUAUGAUUCUCCCCCCUGCCCCUCUGUUGUGAAGGAAAGUAAAUUUCUUUGAAAUUCCAGGA